GCCCUAACAGCGUGAGAGUUGAAGAGAGCGAGUCUUCCUUCGCCGCCGCGGUCGCCGCCGCCUGUGGAUUGGAACUUCCACGCUCGCGGGAUUCGAAACGUCACAAUGGCUCAGAACGUUCAGAAUGUAACACUUUCUCUCACGCUGCCCAUCACUUGCCACAUUUGCCUGGGAAAGGUAACGGCACCUUGCGCUCGAGAUGCAACCGCCCCCCACCCCACCCCCAAAAGGGACACUUUUAAGCGUGCGUGGUCCUCGGGAGAAAGCCAUGCCUUGCGAGGGAGGAGAGCGAGAAUGGAUUCCAAGGAAGAUUUCCUCUUUCUUUCCCCCCAAAAAGCUGUCGCGUUUCCCUCUGACACGUAGCCGAUUGUUCCCCGGUUCCCAGAUUUGUCCCUGCAGUUCACCGGAACCUCGUGUGUGUGGCUGCUUUUAGAGCCAGGAGGAGGAAGGGAGGCCUUGGCUGGACCAUUGCCGUGUCGGAAAGAUUCGCUUCCGCUUUUCAAGACUUAUUGGGCUGUACAGUACUUAAAUGAGGACGCGUUCGCUUUUUGUAAAAUGAAGGGAAGCUCCUGUGAUGAAGGGUCGGCCGGGGGCGAAACGAAGACUUCCCCCCUUCCUCCUCAUUUGUUUCGGGGCUUUUAAAAAUUAUUAUUUUAGAGUGAUUGGAAAUUGCUUGGAUCAGAGUUGAUGCCUUGUCAGUGGUUCUGAGAGACGAGCUUUUCGAUCUGGGUUUCUGCAGGCUGAGAACCUGCUAGUAACAAGGCAGGCCAAAUAAUAUGGAGUAGAAGCCUAGGCCAGACAGACCCCCCCCCCCGUUUAAGGACAGCCCUGCUUGCUUCACUAAGCUCUCCACAACCAAUAAUCUUAUAGGAGUUCAGCUGGAGUUGAUUUGUUUGUUUCCUCUUGCUUUCUACCUUCGUUUAUGGCAUGUAUGCUGAGAAAAUGUUGACUAGCACUGCAAGAAAUGAUCCUGAGCUAUGAUUUCAGAUCUUAUUUACAACCACUCUGUGGUCUACUGUCUUCUUUUCCUCCCUCCCAAUCUGUUUGUUAUGAUGUUGUUUAGUCAUGUCCAAAUCUUCGUAACCCCAUGGACCAGAGCACGCCAGGCACUUCUGUCUUCCACUGCCUCCCGCAGUUUGGUCAAACUCAUGCUGGUAGCUUCGAGAACACUGUCCAACCAUCUCAUCCUCUGUCGUCCCCUUCUCCUUGUGCCCUCAAUCUUUCCCAACAUCAGGGUCUUUUCCAGGGAGUCUUCUCUUCUCAUGAGGUGGCCAAAGUAUUGGAGCCUCAGCUUCACGAUCUGUCCUUCCAGUGAGCACUCAGGGCUGAUUUCCUUAAGAAUGGAGAGGUUUGAUCUUCUUGCAGUCCAUGGGACUCUCAAGAGUCUCCUCCAGCACCAUAAUUCAAAAGCAUCAAUUCUUCGGCGAUCAGCCUUCUUUAUGGUCCAGCUCUCACUUCCACACAUCACUAUUGGGAAAACCAUGGCUUUAACUAUACGGACCUUUGUUGGCAAGGUGAUGUCUCUGCUUUUUAGGAUUCUGUCUAGGUUUGCCAUUGCCUUUCUCCCAAGGAGCAGGCGUCUUUUAAUUUCAUGACUGCUGUCACCAUCUGCAGUGAUCAUGGAGCCCAAGAAAGUAAAAUCUCUCACUGCCUCCAUUUCUUCCCCUUCUAUUUGCCAGGAGGUGAUGGGACCAGUGGCCAUGAUCUUCGUUUUUUUGAUGUUGAGCUUCAGACCAUAUUUUGCGCUCUCCUCUUUCACCCUCAUUAAAAGGUUCUUUAAUUUCUCCUCAGUUUCUGCCAUGUUUGUUAUGAUACUUAUGGGAAACUGUGUUCGCCGAAUAGACCUGCAACCCUGUUUUCAGCAGGCUCUGUAUACACAUUGAAAGUUUGUGGCCGUGAGUAUGAUGGAGCUUGUUGGAAAACUUUUUCCCUCUUUCAGAUCUGGUGGUGGCUUUUCUCAUGGAGAGAGGAGUGUCUUCUUCUUUGGCGAUCACUCGUAGCUGAGUAUGAUUGUCUUCCAUGAACACGAUCUUAAUGAUGUGUCCAUAAGUGACUGUGGAGGCCAAUUCUGGAUCCACACGUCCUUACACAGUGGGGACAUAGGUUUCUGGGUGGGAGUUGAUCACGGCGAGUGUUUGCCUUCCUCUUAGCACAUUUCUCCCUUUCGUCCUGAGUUCAGACAUCUUCAAAGUCCAUGACACCUUUGGCAAAGGCUGUUCUCCAAUUGGAGCACUCACAGGCCAGUGUUUCCCAGUGGUCAGUGCUUAUACUUGAUUUUUUUAGAUUUGCCUUGAGAGAGUCUUUAAACCUCUUUUGUUGACCACCAGCAUUAUGUUUUCCAUUUUUAAGUUUGGAAUAGAGUCGUUGCUUUGGAAGACGAUAAUCAGACAUCUGCACAACAUGACCAGCCCAACAAAGUUGAUGUUGGAAGAAUCAUUGCGUCAACACUGGUGAUCUUUGCUUCUUCCAGUACACUGACAUUAGUUUGCCUGUCUUCCCAAGUAAUAUGCAGGUUUUUCAGAGAUGCCGUUGAUGGAAACUUUCAAGGAGUUGGAGAUGGCAUUUAUAAGUGGUCCAUGUUCUGAUGGUGUUUCCUGCUUGGCAGGGGGUUGGACUCGAUAGCCCUUGUGGUCUCUUCCAACUCUAUGAUUCUAUGUUUCACAAGCAUACAGUAAGGUUGGUAGUGCAAUAGCUUUGUAAACAAGCAUUUUGCUUUCCCUGUGAACCUCUGCACUUCAAUCGGGAGAAAGCUGCACUCAUAGAGCUCAGGUGAUGCUGGAUUUUGGCAUCAUUGUUGGCCCUUGUGGAAAGAUAACUGCCCAGGUAGGAGAAGUGAUAGACACUUUCCAAUGUUACACCAUUGAGUUGGAUUUGUGGCACUGCAGAGGGGUUGUUUUGUGCUUGUUGGUGCAGCACCCUGGUUUUUUGGAUGUUGAGCGAUAGGCCAAACUUUUCAUAAGCUUCUGCGAAGAUGUUUAGGAUGGUUUGGAGGUCAUCCUCUGAGCGUGCGCAUACUACGUUGUCAUCAGCAUACUGAAGCUCUAUGAUGGAAGUUAUGGUAACCUUACUCUUUGCUUUCAGCCUACUCAAGUUAAAGAGCUUUCUAUCUGUUCGAUAUAUGGUUUCUACCCUGGUGGGGAAUUUCCCUUCAACAAUGUGUAGGAUCAUGGCAAUGAAAAUAAAUAAUAAAUAGAGUUGGGGCGAUAACACAUCCCUGUUUAACACCUGAUCCCACUGUGAAUGGUUCACUUUGAGAGCCAUUGUUAUCUGCAAUUGUUGCUGUCAUACUAUCACAGAGGUGCCGAAGAAUGUUCACAAAUUUAUCUGGCCAGCCAAUUUUCAGAAGAACAGUCCACAGGAUAUUACGAUUUACAGUGUCGAAGCCCUUAGUGAGGUCAAUAAACACCAUAUACAGGGGUUGGUUUUGCUCUCUGCAUGUUUCUUGAAGCUGUUGAGCCGUGAAAAUCAUGUCUACUGUCCCCCUAGAAGGUUGAAAACCAUUUUGGGAUUCAGGAAGGGUAGCCUUGGAUAUAGUUAGGAGAUGGUUUGCUAAGAUCCUUGCAAGAAUUUUGCAGGUCACAGCUAAUAAAGAGAUGCCUUCAUAGUUUCUGCUAUCCGUUCUAUCACCUUUUUAAAAAAGGUUGAUAAUUUUGGCAACCCUAAAGUCUGCUGGGAUCUCCUCUCCCAGAUUUUUUCGAUGAGCUUGUGAAGUUGUUGUGUAAGUUCAGUUCCACCGACUUUGAAGACUUCGGCAAGUAUCCCAUCAGUUCUACUGGCUUUGUUGAUUUUCAUUUGAUUAAUAGCUGUGCACAACUCUCCCAGGUUUGGAGAUACUGCAAGCUCAUCUUCAAUUUGUUUUUGCAGGAUUUGUGAGAGGACCUUGGCCGCUACAGGGGUGUUGUAGUUAAGGAGAUGCUGGUAAUGUUCUUUCCAGUGCAAUGCAAUAGCUUCUUUAUGUUUUUCCUUUAAAAAAAAAAAUAAAACAGAAUGCUUUAUAAACAUGUUAAAAACUUAGAAACAUACCCAAAUAAAAACCAUACACCAAUAUGAGAACAUUCUGAUUUUUUUAAUUAGUGAUACAGAAACAUGAGUAGAGGUUGAGUCCUUAUGGACUAUAAAUCUUUUAUAAUGAUUAUUGUUUUUAGACAGAAAAGCCACCAUUAAAUAUUUUUCCCUGCUUUGGUAGAACCAAAAUAACCUCAGAAUAAACAAGUAGGCCCACUGAUAAAUUGGUCUUCAGUAAUCUGCUAAAGCUAUAGUGGAUUGAUCUGCUUGUAUUAAAAGCAAUGCAUUCUUAAUUAUGAAACUGCUGAAGUCUUCCAUUCGACAUUUGAAUGGUGUUGUCAGUUGUGUUUAUAUAUCUUCUAAACGUUGAGUCACUUUGAAACUCUAGGGGGAUCUAUUUGAUGGAUUGCUUGAACCUCUGACAUACCUUUGUUCACUGAGUCAAGGUAAGGAUCCAGACACUAGCCAGGCCUCAAACCAUACUGUGCCUUUAUUUGCUGUCUGCAGGCAUUUUCACCUGAAGCAGAGAGGACAUUAAGACUAGGACUUGGUAGAGCAUCCUUCACCAACCUGGUCCCUCCAGAUAUUUUGGGCUAAAACUCCCAUCAGCUCCAGGCAGGUUGGGACAGUAGGUUGAAACUGAACAUUCUCCUGCCCAUCAGAGAGAAGGUUUUUUGAAUGCCCUCUCCAGAGAAGUACACCUGUUUCAACUUAUUUUCCUGGACCAGAUGAAGACUUUCAUUGGUACAAGCUUCUGGACUGGCUGACCAUAAUUUGACUGGCUUUUAUUGAUGUAUAUUGUUGUAUUUUAAUUGUAGGCCACCUGGGAGCUUGAGGCCAAAGAGUGGCUUUCAGGUUGACCUGAUCAGCAUCCUUUGUUCUUCACUAGCUAGUGUUUUGCAAGCAGCAAAUGAUGCUUUGUUUGUGAAAUGGACUCCCAAGAAUCAAUAGGCAAAACUUGCCUGUGUGAUUUUUAUGUGCACCCCACCCCACAAGUUUGAAUCCUGUGUACCAGAGGUGACCAACCUUUGACCUUCCAGAUCUUGCUGGACUCCCAUCAUACCCAACUGGCAUGGCCACUGGUUAGAGAUAGUGGGGGUUGUGGUCUAGUGACUUCUGGAGACUGUGAGGUUCCCUAUAUCUUCUGUUUACAUGUUCUCCUGGCAUAGGUCUUUAUGUAGCCAAAAUGGCACCACCUCCGAGGUUAGCAGAAGUACCUGCAUUUUAAAAAAUGUAAUAGAGGGCAACCCCAGAAAAAGCCGAAUGAGAACUGAGCAUGCUCAGUGGACAGGAAAUGCCAAUUGCCUAGGUGAGGAAUAAAACAGAAAAUCAUGGGGGAGCAGGAGUGGAAUAGAGUAUCCUGCAAGAGGGCUGGAACAGAGUGUCCUUUGAGAGGGCACAACUGGCUAGCUGCUGCACUUAUCAGGAAAACAUCAAACAGCAGCUUUUGGUUGCUGGCCUCACCUUAAAACUCAUAUUUUCCGCAAAACCUUUGGACAGCUCCCUAGCCUCCCUAGCCCCGAUACCCUCCUUCUGAAACAAACUCUGUGUGUAAUUGAAACAAUGGCAUAUUCUGCUUAUUUUCCCCCCGUUUAGUGUUUCUCACCCCUUGGGAUGUGGGUGGCUCUGUAGUCUAAACCACUGAGCCUCUUGGGCUUGCCAAUCAGAAGGUCGGCGGUUCAAAUCCCGGCAAUGGGGUGAGCUCCCGUUGCUCUGUCUCAGCUCCUUCCAACCUAGCAAUUCAAAAGCACACUAGUGCAAGUAGAUAAAUACGUACCAUUGCGGUGGGAAGGUAAACAGCGUUUUUGUGAGCUCUAGUUUCCAUCAUGGGGUUCUGUUGCGCCAGAAGCUGGCCACAUGACCCAGAAAACUGUCUAUGGACCAAUGCCGGCUCCCUCGGCUUGAAAGCGAGAUGAGCGCCACAACACCAUAGUCACCUUUGACUGGACUUAACCAUCCAGAGGUCCUUUACUUUUACCUUUACUCCUUGGGUCAAUUUAUAAAUUGAAAGCCUCUUGUGGUAGGGCCCUACCCUCUCAUUAUGCCCAGGGCACUUUACAGAGAAACAAUAAUGCUCCAAUAUAAAAUAAGUAACAUUUGGAGGCUGGGGUUGCAACUGGCACGUGCGGUUAGAUUUUCUUGCUUGAGAAAGUGUAUUGAAUCUAAGAAGAAGUUGACCCAGACCAGAUAUGCGGCAGACUUCUCAAAACGGCGAUUCAUAAGAGCCCUUAGAGAAACCACAGCUGGUAGGUGCCAUCUUAGAAGAGGCACACUCUCUGUGAUGCACAAACAACACUACUGUGUGCCCUUGAAUGAUUUGUGCGUAGGACAAUCUAUCGUAUAAUGUGCUGCUUUGGGGGACUUUUGUCUUGGGUGAUGUGAAACUUCUGGUUGUGGUUGAAUCCGUAGCCUGUCACAGAGAAGUUGGAUGCUCAGAAGAGUCUCUGGCCCCUAUGGACGCACCGGACCAUAGGAUACACCGGACCAUAGGAGGAGCAGAAUAGGAGGAAAAAAAAUUCUCCCCCUCUCUGCUCAGCGCCCCUUCAGCGAAGCGGUAGGAGAAACGGAGCCCCUUCCAUUUCUCCUCCCGCUUCGCUGAAGGGGCGCUGCGCAGCUCUCCCUCUCUGCUGAAGCCGGGAGAGUCUUGCUCUCCCGGCUUCAGCAAAAGGAACCCGAAGCCUUUGGAGCGCAGCGUGAAUUCCCACUGCACUCCAAAGGCUUCAGGAGGCUAUCCCUGAAGCCUGGAGAGUGAGAGGGCUCGGUGCGCACCAACCCCUCUCGCUCUCCAGGCUUCAGCGUAAGCGAAAGCAACGCGAAGCCUCCAGAGCGCCUCCUUAAUUUUUGGAGGGGAAAAAGUAUGUCCUAUAGAGUGAAAAAUACGGUAUCCUGUAAAACAAGACAGUUGCAAACAAUGCAGUGGAGGAGAGAUUUAUACCUGACCUCCUGGCAGGUGCUGCAGCUUCCAGGAGGGAGAGAGGUGGCAACAAGUUUGGCCCAGUGCAAACACACCAGCUGAGCCAAUCUAGCCAUGUGUUUGCACUGUGAGACCCUCCUGUCUACCCCCCCCCCCCCCGUUCCCAGUAAGCAGUAGCCGUUCAGCUGUCAGGAGGACAGUUAAGCAUCUCUGCCAUGCCACCUGCUACUGGUCAUACAAAAGGUUGCUUACUUGUCUGAGGGGUUUUUUUGGCACCCAUUUCUCCACCUAGGCUUGUAGCAGUCCAAAGGCAUUCUAGACCAGGGUUUGCGAAACUUGGGGCUAUAGCUGUUCUUGGACUACAAUUCCCAUCAUCCCUAGCUAGCGGGACCGGUGGUCUGGGAUGAUGGGAAUUGUAGUCCAAAAACAGCUGGAGACCCAAGUUUGGGAAAUACUUUUUGAGACAAAGGCACUUGACAAGGGCAUGGAAAACCGCUGGUAUGGUCUGAGGAGAGUUCAGAGGGCAGAUAGAGAGCCCUAGAUGACUGUUUUUGGCCCCUGAGAUGCCCCACAUGAAUUGCAAGGCAUUGUAGAGGACUUAGGUUUGUUUGCCUAGGACAGAGCAGUAGACCACAAUGCUUGAGAAAUUAGGCUUUUUUUAUUUUAUCCUGUGUCUCAUAUCUCUGGAAGUAGAGCAGAGUUUAGAAGCACAAAUAUAUCAAAGGCUUUUGGGAGCAAAAGUAACAUUUGUUUUGGUCUCUAAAGAAGUUUUCGCAGUGGGCGAAGUAGCAUUAUGAAAUGCAGAAUUUCUCUGUUUAUAGUUGAUUAUUGAAUCCCAGGGUUGGACUCCAAGCAGAAUUUUAAAUUAAAGGGAGAUCUUAUUAGUAAUGCCUUUCAGAAACUUAUUUUUCUAAAACCGUUUGUGCUCCUUUAGGAAAAUAUAUAAGCAUCUUGUUAAGAUACAAAUGCUUAAAGCCCCAAUUCUCUGUGGCAUAGCAGCUCUUUACUUCUGCCUUCUGUACAAUAGAACAUAUUAUAUUGGAUGGUUAUCAGUGCUUAGAACAUCUCAGCAGGGUGGAGAAAACCUCUUGCCCUUCCCUGGUAGCUUCACUAAUUUUUGUCUGCAGGGAAAUGGUAAACUGGCGGAGUUUUUUGUGCUGCAGAUUCUUCAGCAAGUCUAAACUCCGUUUCGAGUUCACUUAUUAUUGCAUCCCUUGGGUCUUUUGUCCUGGGGUUCUGUGCAAAAGAAACACAGUGCAUAACUUGGGCGUUGGACAGUCUGGACUUCCUAUUUAUUUUCUAAAGUUUCUAGUUCUCAGUGUGGUGUAAAACCGGGAAGGCGGAAAUCCUGGAAACUUGGGUUACAUUGGGCCGCUGUGCCAGAAGCAGUCAGGGGCAAUCUUCUAGAAGUCUAGCAAGCAAUUUCUGUACUUUUUUGUUACUUUUUUCAAACAUUUUCACAAAAUCAAAUAAUUACAUUGUUUCAUAAAUUGACUUCCUACCCUCACCUCCCACAGUGUUUUUACUCAAACCCUUUCUACUGCAUUAUAUAUAUUUAUCUGUUACAGAAAGCUUCUCUAUGACAAUUAAUUUUUCCUUUUUCUUCUACUGCUUUUAUCUCACGAUUUCAUUUGAUGUGUGUGUGUGUGUGUGUGUGUAAAUAGUCCACAAAGAGCCUCCAUUCUUCUAUGAAAAGUUUAUCAUUUUGAUCUCUUAAUUUCCCUGUCAGCUUUGCCAUUUCUACAUAGUCCAUUACUUUCAAAAACUGCCACUCCUCUUCUUUCCAUUUCUGUGUAUAUAAUAUUCUAGCUGUUUGGACCUGAUAUAACUUUCACUUUUCAUCACUUUUCAAAUUUGCAAUACCGUCUUUCUAUCUUACAAUACCCAAGGUGGACUUCCGGGUCAGCGCCAUUGGUGAAUGGCGGAGUUCCUCCGACCGGAGGAACGGGCUCCGUGGAAACUGGGUCUUCCCGCCGCGGCGAAGGUGGGGACCCGCUAGAAAUCCCAGGCGGAGGAAGCCUGGGAACGUGGGGUUCGGCAGGGCACCAGAAGCGCCCCCCUACUCGCGGGGAAUCCCAUCAAGGGGCUCCGGAGCGAAGUGGGGUGAGAAGCGUGGUGCUACAAACUGACUGCUACUUUCACGGAGUGAAGCCGCACAGCCAUUGCCAGAGAGCGCUGACUUUUUCCUGUGGACAAUUGGACUUAAAACAAGUACCCGUGAGUAGAAACGGAAAAUUGGAUCAAGAAAUUGUUUAAUUUGGUAUCGAAGCGGGAAGGUGCAAACAGGAAGUCCGCCUUCCGCUUUUUUGUAUAUAGACUAAAGCAAAAAUUUUGCAAGCUAAAGCCGGGAAGCUGUAAAAAAAGGCUAAAUUUCCUUCAUUCAGAAAUACUGAAACCCCCCUUGGAAGCAGGAGAAAAGGGUGGGGGGGGCUCUGUUUAACCCUAGCAGGAGAGGGAGUGAAGAAGGAUAAGUUUCCACCGUCUCUAACCUGGGAACGGGGUGUCAGAGACAGAAACUGUUGGAGAGGUUCAUUGACUGUGAACGUAACACUUUGACAGAUAGCUAAUGAAGAGAAACAAGUUGAUUCUAAUGUUGCCUUUUGCAUUUUAAAGAAACAAAAUAUCUGAAAAACAUCUGAAAUAUCUGAAAAAUGAAAGUAACUUUCCUUUGUCUUAAAAAAAAAAAUGGAUACAAAUAGUUUGUCUCCUCUAGAGGGAGCCUGCUAAAUUGUUGCUGUAGUAUAUUUGAGACCCAACAUCUGUGAGAUUAAGACCGUGGGAACAGUCUUUUCUGACCUUGAACAAAGAUGAGCUGGGAGGAAGACUGGGUGCUUGCUUUACGCAAGACAAAUGCUUUGCUGGAACAGAUGCAUGAGAAGAUGGACUUGAUGAAUGAGAAAAUGGAUUUGACUGUUGUGGUUAAUAACUGUGGACAAACAGGGAACAUUGAUACAGAAAUCAUUCAGGAACCAACCUAUGAAUCUGUACUGACUGGGCAAGUGCAGAUGACAAUGGAGGAGGAUGCGGCUGCACCUCAAAUAGCACAAAUGGAGAGACCCGAGGCCCUACAGGAGCAUAAGCCGCUGUUAUUGAAGAUUGAAGUUGGAGUGGGCCAAGGGGAGUCUGGAGAUGAGGAGGUUCCUAGCUUUGGAGAGAUCUUGACAUUUGAUUUUAAAUACAUUUUGGAUUAUAACGAGGACUGUGGGGAGUGGGACUGUGGGGAAUGGGCGAGCUGGAUGAAGGAUGAUGGAGACAAUUUUGGGUUGGAAUCUCCCAGAGACCUACUCCUCAAUGAGAAACGAAAGAAACUAAGACAGAGACCAACAAAAGACAAGGAAAAGGGCAAGCACAAACAAGAUGAAGAAGAAUUACAGAAGGGACAUGGAAGAGACUUAAGGGCCUCGGACAUAAGGCUUCCAGGUUGAUGGACUAGAUGGAAUGGACAGUAAGGACUGACACGACCCGAGACCAGGAAGAAGAGACGCUGGAUGAUGAUUGAAAGAGAAUUUAUAAUGGAAAUUUUUAUUUUAGAAUCAGCUUAAUGAAUAUUAGUGAAAAUGUGGGAAUGAAACUAUACGACUCUAGCAGAAAUGUUAUCAGGAGCUAUGUAUAUUUGAAAACUAAGAUUUAAGUCUUAAGGUACUUAGGGGUAAGAUAAGGUUAAAUAAAUUAAGAUAAUUUGAAUAACAGAAUAUGGGGAAAGAUGGAAAGGAUCUGUUGAGUUAAUUAUUAGGUUAAAUUGUUAAGAUAAAUUUUAUAACAAAAAUUGAGAAAGAUGGAAAGAAUUUGCUGAAAUAAUUAUUAAACUAGAAUACGAAAAGGGAGGUGUGAGGAGGUCAAUGAAACAAGCGAAUGGAAAUUAUGGAUAUGCAAUUUGGGAUUUGUGUUUUUUUUCUUCUUUUUUCUUCUUUUUUAUAUUUUGUGCUUUUCUCUUUUUUAUUUUUUUUUAUUUUUUUUUGUAUUGUAGUGUUGUUGUUUUUUAAUUUUUUGUUUGUUUGUAAUCCUGAAAUUAUCAAUAAAUAUUAUUAAAAAAAAAAAAAUACAAUACCCAAGGCGGUUUACAAGCUGAAGAAACAAAGAAUGUACACCUUAUAACAAUCUAAUGCAAUACAAAAAAAAAUGUGAUAAUAAAACAUAACCUUAAAAUAAGCAACCUACUUCAAAUAAAGUAACAUUCAACAAUCCAUUAGAAUAAUAUAGAAUAAUAUAAAAUAUCAGCGUAUAAAAAUUAAACAGAAAUCCACUCUUAACAAUUAUAAUAAAUAAUUUCUAAACUACAAUCAAGAAAACAACGGCAAGCCACAGUGCAUAAAAUAAUACAAUACAAAUUGAGAAGCAGAGACUGGAGGGUGGGACUAAGGCAGGUGGAAGAAGCCUUGCCUGAUGAAGUCUCUCCCCUCACUUUUUACAUUCUGCUCUGUAUACCCCUUCCUUACCCAUGUAUUUUCUUUCUUUCUCUCUCCCUCUCUGCCUUGGUGGCACUGCUGUUUGCUGGCUUACUAGUAGUACAUGUGAGAAGGAUCUAGGGGUCUUGGUGGACCACAAGCUUAACAUGAGUCAACAGUGUGAUGCAGCAGCAAAAAAAAGCUACCGCUAUCCUAGGCUCCCUCAACAAAAGUAUAGCGUCUAGAUCAAGGGAAGUACCGUAUUUUUUGCACCAUUACACUCACUUUUUUCCUCCUAGAAAGUAAGGGGAAAUGUCUGUGCGUGUUAUGGAGGGAAUGCCUACGGGUGGCAUGCCUACGGAUUUUCCUCCUCUAAAAACUACGUGCGUGUUAUGGUCGGGUGCGUGUUAUAGAGCGAAAAAUACAGUAUUAGUACCACUCUGUUCUAUUCUAAUCUAUUCAAUUUGUGGGUGGCGCUGUGGUCUAAACCACUGAGCCUAGGGCUUGCUGAUCAGAAGGUCGGCGGUUCAAAUCCCCGCAACGGGGUGAGCUCCCAUUGCUCGGUCCCUGCUCCUGCCCACCUAGCAGUUCGAAAGCAUGUGAAGUGCAAGUAGAUAAAUAGGUAUCACUCUGGUGGGAAGGUAAACGGCAUUUCCGUGCGCUGCUCUAGUUUGCCAGAAGUGGCUUAGUCAUGCUGGCCACAUGACCCAGAAGCUGUACCAAUAAAGCGAGAUGAGUGCCGCAACCCCAGAGUCGUCCGCAACUGGACCUAAUGGUCAGGGGUCCCUUUACCUUUACCUUUUAUUCUGCCUUAGUCAGACCACACCUGGAAUACUGUGUCCAUUUCUGGGCAUCACAAUUUAAGAAACUGGUCCUGCUAUCUAGGGAUCAUGGGAGUUGUAGGCCAAAAACAUCUGGAGGGCUGAGGUUGAGGGAGCCUGAGCUGGAACGUGCGCAGAGGAGGGCAACCAAGAUGAUCAAGGGUCUGGAAACUAAGCUCUGUGAGGAACAGUUGAAGGAGCUGGGUAUGUUAGACUGGAAAAGAGGAGACAGGAUAGCCAUCUUCAAAUAUCUUAAGGGCUGUCACAUGGAAGAGGGAGCAUGCUUGUUUUCUCCUGCUCUGGAGCGCAGGACUCGAACCAACGGCUUCCAGUUGCAAGAAAGGAGAUUCUGACUAAACAGACAGAAAAAGCUUUCUGACAGAGCUGUUUGACGGUGGAACAGUAUCCCUUGGGAGGUUGUGGACUCUCCUUCCUUGGAGGUUUUUAAGCAGAGUUUGGAUGGCCAUCUGCCAGGGAUGCUUUAUCUGAGAGUCCAGCAUUGCAUGUGAGUGUCUGGAGGAAGUUGGAGGAUGGAUGGCGGCUAACAGAUUGAGGUUGAAUCCUGACAAGACAGAAGUACUGUUUUGGGGGGACAGGAGGCGGACAGGUCAAAUCUGUGUCCAGGGCAGCUGUUUACCAGCUCCAUCUGGUACGCAGGCUGAGGCCCUAUCUGCCCGCGGACUGCCUCACCAGCGUGGUGCAUGCUCUGGUUAUAAAUUAUUAUUAUUAUUAUUAUUAUUAUUAUUAUUAUUAUUACCCUUGGGUUCCUUCUAACUCUAAGAUUCUAUGUUCCUUGCAUGAUUUUCCCAAAAAGGGAAAAGAGCAAUUGCUGCUAGAAUACCUUUUUAAUUGUUAUACCCUCUCCGUUGCAAGGUCCGUCAUCCGGUCAUCUGUGCCAACAACCAUGUCUUCUGCUCCAUUUGUAUCGAAGUGUGGCUGAAGAACAACAGUCAGUGUCCUGCUUGUAGGAUCCCCAUCACCACUGACAAUCCUUGCAAGGAGGUCUUAGGUAAGGCAGCCUUUCCCCCUCCCAUCAAAUGCAUGCAUAAUCUCUUUAUCCUCUGAAUAGCAUGGAGCCUUCUGCUGAGGCUCGCAACCAGCUUUUGUAUUUUUAUUCUGCCCUUUUUGCAACGGUGGCGUCCGUUUCACUAUAUCCCAUUUUGUUUUUGCAACAUCCCCGAGAAACAGAUUUGACUGUGAUCGUGUGACUGGGACAUGUUAUCCAGCAAACCCAGGUGUUCCCAGCCAUAGCCUUGAUUCUCGAGCCAGUGCGCUGCAGUGGGGUGUAGUGGUUAGAGCAGGUGUCACCAACGCAGCACCCACAGGGGCAUGUGCCAAGACCAUAUUCCUGGCACCCACAGGGUCCCUGCCCCUGCUGAAAUGAGGCUUGAAAGAAGCAUUCUGUUGUAGCCAAUAGAAUAGAUUCAACAUGUGCUGAGUUUGUUGUUUGUGCCAGGCAAAGUUUCCCCAGUUUGCAAAUAAUAUGCCCCCAGAGUCGGCAACCCUGAAGCGAAAUGUUGGCCUGGGAAACUUGAAUUCAAAUCUCCGCUCAAGUCGUGAAGUUUACUGCUUGACCUUGGGCCAGUUACUUUUUUUUUCUACUUAGCCUACCUCACAGGGUUGUUGUCAGGUAUAUGGGUGGCACUGUGGGUUAAACCACAGAGCCUAGGACUUGCUGAUCAGAAGGUUGGCGGUUUGAAUCCCCGCGACGGGGUGAGCUCCCGUUGCUCGGUCCCUGCUCCUGCCAACCUAGCAGUUCGAAAGCACAUCAAAGUGUAAGUAGAUAAAUAGGUACCACUCCAGCGGGAAGGUAAAGGGUGUUUCCAUGCACUGCUCUGGUUCACCAGAAGCAGCUUAGUCAUGCUGGCCACAUGACCUGGAAGCUGUACGCCGGCUUCCUCGGCCAGUAAAGCAAGAUGAGCGCCACAACCCCAGAGUCAGCCACAACUGGACCUAAUGGUCAGGGGUCCCUUUACCUUUACCUAUAUGUGUUACACAUUCCAGGAAACUACAUGGGAGCGAUUGCAGAGGUGGUAGCAACCCCAGAUUAUAAGUAAAGAAGACCCCCAGAUUAUAAGUAAAGAAGACUUUAGGCUGGAAUCCUCUACCUGGCAGCAAGGCCUAUGGAAAUCAGCAUUCUGAUUUCUGAGUAGACACGCAGAAGAUGUAAUGAAUUUUAUAAAUAUAAAUAAGAUUUCAUUGCACGUCUCUCAGGGUGUUUGUCAGGAGGAGAGUGACUUUAGGAUUUGACAGCCUUUGUGAAUCGUAAUCUUAAAAUAAAUUACAUUUAAACUUCAAAACGAAGUUUGCAAACUUGCUGCCCCUCCAGAUGUUGAGGCAGGGAUGUUGUAGUCUGGAGACAUCUGGAGGGGCUGCACAUGUUUAGAAGAAAGCUGAGCACUGAACGGAGCCUUGCUUGUUGUGUUGCUGCAGGAGGGACGAGUGAAAGCAACCCUGUGUUCAGCCCGACGGUCAGGAAACAGCUCCGCAAAACGAGGCUGGAGCUAAUGCACAAAGAAUAUGAGGUAAGGCGGUGUCAGGAAGGGUGGUUUGUGAGGUUCUGGUUUGUAUGGAGCCAACUCCCUUGGGACACAUUAGCAAUGGGGAACCAACAACCUAUGGACCUUAUUAGGUCCGCAAGGGCAUUUUGGCCAAGCCACACCCACCUGCCCUACACCUGUGAAGUGUGGGGCAGGUAAUGACCUGGCUCAGCUAAAAGCAAAGUGGUCCACAAGACUCAGCUAUCAUGCCCAGCCUUUUGCAGAACACUCCACAAGACAAGGCUUUGCAAGUGGGUCUUUGUGGAUGCUCUGGGGACUUUACAAGCCCUGGUGAAUCAGUGGGUUCUCUGGUCCAGUGUCAGAAACCCAGCCUGUACACUAUCUGUAUAUUGAGGAGCUUAAGGUGUACACUGGAUGGAAGCCCAUAUUUUGAAACUGCUUUGUGCUCCAAGGUGCUGUUCCGUACAGAUCUGGCUAAAAUAAUAAUUAUAAGAAUAAUAAUUUAUUAUUUGUACCCCGCCCAUCUGGCUGGGUUUCCCCAGCCACUCUGGGCGGCUCCUAACAGAAUAUUAGAAACACAAUAAAACAUCAAACAUCAAAAACUUCCCUAAACAGGGCUGCCUUCAGAUGUCUUUUAAAAGUCGGAUGGUUAUUGAUUUCCUUGACAUCUGAUGGGGGGCGUUCCACAGGGUGGGUGCCACUAUCGAGAAAGCCCUCUUCCUGGUUCCCUGUAACCUCACUUCUCAUAGUGAUGGAACCGCCAGAAGGCCCUCGGCACUGGAUCUCAGUGUCCAGGCUGAACGAUGGGGGUGGAGAUGCUCCAGGUAUACUGGGAUAAGGCCAUUUAGGGCUUUAAAGGUCUGCACCAACACUUUGAAUUGUGCAUCUGCCUAGGCUCUGCUGAGGAAAAGAUGCUGUUUGAGAUCAGCCUUUGGUCUGAUCCAGUACUAUAAGAUCUCUCUCUCAUUCACACACAUACAGGGUGAGUCGUUUAAAAGAGGCCCCAUGGAUACAGAGUACACAUGUUCCACAGGGCCUGUUUUAAAAGACUCACCCUAUAUAUACAUGUACAGUGGUACCUCGGGUUAAGAACUUUACCUCAGUGGUACCUUCAGGUUACAGACUCCGCUAACCCGGAAGCAGUACCUCGGGUUAAGAACUUUACCUCAGGAUGAGAACAGAAAUCGCGCACCGGUGGCAGUGGGAGGCCCCAUUAGCUAAAGUAGUACCUCAGGUUAAGAACGGUUUCAGGUUAAGAACAAACCUCCGGAACGAAUUAAGUACUUAACCAGAGGUACCACUGUUCUCUUUGAUGACAGAUUCAAAGCCAGCUCAUUUUCUGUACCGGGAUCAGCCUACAAAAACCUGAAGAAUUGAGCAGUAUAACAAAGAAACUUAGCCGAUAUUGUUGUUGUUUUUCCCUCUUCUUUUCCUGCCUCCUGCAAAAACGUGUUUCUUCUGCCCCCUAAUCGGCCAUGGGUUUGCCUCACUCGGAAGGAUGAAAUAGAAUCUCUGCAGAAGGAAGUGGAGGAGCUAAAAGGGAGCAAGCUCAGUCUAGAGGCGCAGCUCAAAUCUGUCCUGCACCCCGAGACGCUUGACGUGUCUGACAAAACCCGGGCGAGUCCAGGACUCUCGGAGGACAAGCACAAGGUGGAUCCAGAGACUUUGGCGGUAUGGACACAGAAGCUUCAGGCGGCUAAUGAUAUGUAUGAAAAAGUGAAGGAGGACAUGGGAGCGCUAACGGAGGUAAUGAAUGCGAAAUCUGACAAUAUUGAAUGGGCAGGGAUAACUGGCGGUGUGACCUCUUGUGUAAUUUCCUAGGUGGGUUGAGAAGCGAAAUAGGGUUGAGGCACUGGGUCAGUGGACUUCCUGUUAAUUGGCCAUUGUCCAAUAUUCCAUGAAACCAAGAAUGUGGUUGUAUGAGGUCCAUGUUCUGUCUUCUUUUUCGACACACCAUCAUUGGACGGCAUGGGCAAGCCCUGAUCCAUGCAGGGACUGAGUUCUGGGUCAUUGCGCACUUGAGUGAAAUCGUGUGCUAUUGAAAUACCCCGUCCCCCAUUCCGCCCUUUUCGUGAUAUCUUUUAUGACGUUUCCGGGUCACUUUGGGGCUCGGCACUGUGUGCGAUUGCGCACGUAUCGGCCAUGACUGUAAUUAACUUAAUGGCGCCUGAAUGUUCCCUUCAUGGCUGUCGAGAUUAUAUAACACCGGUCCUGAAAGACUUACAUUGGCUCCCAGUAUGUUUCCGAGCACAAUCCAAAGUGUUGGUGUUGACCUUUAAAGCCCUAAAAGGCCUCGGCCCAGUAUACCUGAAGGAGCGUCUCCACCCCCACCAUCCAGCCCCGGACACUGAGGUCCAGCGCCGAGGGCCUUCUGGCGGUUCCCUCACUGCGAGAAAUGAGGUUACAGGGAACCAGGCAGAGGGCCUUCUCGGUAGUGGUGCACUCUCUGUGGAAUGCCCUCCCAUCAGAUGUCAAGGAAAUAAACAACUAUCUGACUUUUAGAAGACAUCUAAAGGCAGCCCUAUUUAGGGAAGUUUUUAAUGUUUGAUGUUUUAUCGUGUUUUUAAUAUUCUGUUAGGAGCCGCCCAGAGUGGCUGGGGAAACCCAGCCAUAUGGGCAGGGUAUGAAUAAUAAAUUAUUGUUAUCAUUAUUAUUACAGGAUGGUGCAUGCAUGUUCCCUUCAUUGAGGGCCCACAAUCUUGUAACUGUCCCUCCUGAAAGCUUAGACCUCUUUGCCUUCGCUCCACCUAUUUUGGCUCCCCCACUCCACUUUUUCUUUCUCCAGAUUCUCCGCACCCCGAUGGCAUUUUCUCAGUGCCAAAGAGCCACAGCAUCCCUAUCCUGGUUUAGCAUAAUGUAAACAAGCUGUAAGGAGCCUCUGUCUCAUGCUGUGCUCACACACCUUUCCUCUUGCAUGGUCAGAAGGAAGCAUUAAGACACUUCCAGUUUUGCUUUAGUGCAAUUUGUCCGACCUUGCAGGUCCAAUCUGUGCCCACCCCAAUAGGCUGACUCUGACAAGCAGGGCAACCUGUUUGCACGUCACCUGGAUGCCAGAUGAUGGGCAGGGGGGUUUCUCCGCCUGCCCACGAAAGACCCAUGUGCAGCCGCUGACAGUCAAUUGGUCUGUCGGAAACGCAGCACAAAGACGCUUUGCAAGCCCCAUGUCUGCGUUUCCCGAGCUCCAGGUCUUGGGUUGGUGGAGCUGCUUUGUGUUGUUUGUCAGCUCCAGGGUCCUGCAGCCAAUCCUGCAGGCUUGAACCAACAGCCCAUCAGCUGGUAGAGCCAUGACUUCAGCCCCUGUUUUUUGCAGGUAUCGGCUGUGCAAGUAGGUGUGGUUUGGAGGAAACAGGGAUAUGGGUCAAAAUUCGGCCUGUGGGCCGCAGCCCUUGUAUGCAACUGAAUUCCUGACCUUUUCUUUGUUGCGAGUGUGCGAACAUGUGCGCCUGUGGCUUCCUUGCCCUUAACGGAAAACGAGACACUUGAUUCCGUUUGCGGAGACAAGAGGGGCUUUAAAUCCUGAGGCUUAUUAAUAGCAGCAUUCUGCAAGCGACACCAAUGGGGCCUGGCAAAUAAGUUGUCAUCGCGGAUUUUGUUCUCUAGAGUGUGUGUGUCUGUGCCUCUCUUUUUAUUUUUUCUAUAAGGGGAAAAAGCCGCUUGACAAUCUUAACUCGGUUUGGGAGAGUCGGGAAGCUGUUCGACACUCAUUUUGCUGAUACCUGCACAUUGUAAUGUUAAUGCAUUUAAAGUAUUUAGUCAUGUGGAGAUAAGGAGGGGGGGAACAUGGAAUUGCCAUUAGUACCUCCCCACCACCACCCCUUAAUGACUGUCAGGCUGAACUAACAUGGCUCUGUUUAUUUCCCUGGGUAGAAGCCUUGCGGUGUAUUUUGGGAAUAUAAAUUAAAAAUGCCUGUUCUUUCUCCAGUUUUUGCAAGCCAUUUCCCAGGGUAAUUUUUAAGUGGUGUCUCUGUCGAGGGUCUCGGAGAAGAGGGAGCGGAGUUAACUGUUGCUCCUGUCUAAAUAUGCUUCCCCUCCUUUAAAGUCUUAUAAACAUUACGAGUGAGUUUGUUUGGGGGUUUUUCCCUGCGCACUUAUAAUCCUAUUUAUUUCCAUAUAGGUAAAUAAGAAGCUGAGGCUCGAAAACAGUGGCCUUGUGAGGGAGAACUUGCGGCUAAAGGCUGAGGUUGGAAGCCGAUCGCCCCAGAAGUAUGUAAAUAUUUUAAAACUUGUCGUGCAUUAUUCAUUCGAUCAUACACAGCUACUGGAGGACCAUAACCGCCGUUGCAGGAAUGCAUACUGGGCUGGUGGAGAUCUUUGUCUUUGUUUUGUGUGUGUAUGUGUGUGUGUGGAGAUUAAAUAGGAAUUCUGAACGGCUUGUCUUCCUUCAGACUUAGAUGCUAUAUGCCGUCUCUGUCUGAAUGCAUGGUGAUUUAUAUUAGAUUUGUUUCAAAACCACCUACAACGGUAUUACAAAAACUUCUUGAUAUUUGCCUGCUUCCUACUUCCCCUCCCCCGCCCAACCACCACCACAACCCCCUGUACUGUUCUAUAGAAUAAUAAUAAAAAAAAGAUUUAUUCCUGAGUCCUCAAAACAACACAGGUAUUCAAGUAGAAAUUUAUUGGUUUUGUUAAAAGUGUUUGUAGCCCACCCUGCAGCCCGAAGGUCCAAGGGUGGAGAUGCAAAAACAGGACAAUCAAAUCAACAGCAGGUAAAAAUGAUUCCCCAUUCCUUCACGACAACGGUACUGCUAACUACAGCCUUGUAUUCAGAUGCUUGGAUGCCAUGGGUGGCAAGGGAAGUAAAUUAACGGACAGGCAAAGAAAGGGUAGAGCAGGGAUAGCCAACAUGGUACCCUCAAGAUGUUGAUGGACUUCAACUCCCAUCAGCCCCAGCAAUGGGAGAUGAUCAGAGAUUAUGAGAGCUAUAGUCCAACAACAUCUGAAGGGUACCAUCCAUUCUUCCUCCACCAACCCGUAGUGUUUCCAGGCUGGUCUCAGAGGUGGGGAAGUCUAGCCUAUUCCUGGUUGCUCUCAAGGUUACUUAGAGAACUUGGUGGAAAGCCAUAUUGUUCCCUCUUCUCAAAACAUUGGUUGAAACAGAUCAUAGCAUUGUCCACCUUUUCCACAAUGACUCCUCCAGUAGUUUUGUGGCCAUCGUCCAUUUCUUCCAGCUCUCAUACAACAAGUUUUGGAACCCGGGGUCCCCAACAUGGCACCUGUGGGCACAGGUGGCACCCUUGGAAAUUCCCGUCGGGACCCACCAAGGCCCACCAGCCUCUUCCAAUGUUUAGUUGUUCUUCUUCCUUUGCUGAAUUUCAAGAGUGUGGUGAACAGCUCCUAUCACUGACCAUUGGCCAUGUUGGUUGGAGGUGAUGACAAUUGGAGUCCCAACAUCUGGAGAACUUCAUGUUCCCCACUCCUGAUCUGCUAUGUUAAAAGAACCAUUGCUUCAAAGAAGGUGAUGAGACUGGGAGAGCUCAGUUGGUAGAGUAGGAGACUCUCAACCUCGGGGUUGUGGGUUUGAGCCCCACAUUGGACAAAAGAGUCCUGCCUUGUAGAGUCCUUUCUGACUAUGAUCCUAUGGAAGAGAGGGCGGUCAUCUCAUCUUGGCUGUCUGAUGUGUGCAAACCACAAUGUUGGGUCGGACAUGAGAUACAUUCCUACCUAACUGCCUUCCUGUGUUAAAUGCACUGGAACUAGACUGGUGGGUUAGUUAAUGUGCUGAUGUAGCCCUGCUCAGUCUGUACUUCACCGUGUGUCCCUUAUGGCUGCUAGAAUCUUGGUCUUUCUGAGGUCCAGAGACACUUCUUAAGAGAACCUGCGCUUAAGAGUACAAUGCUUUCUCUUGGUAAGCAAAUUAGAGGUUGCCUCUAAUGCAGGUUGCAUUAAAUAAACAUCUUACACAUUUCUUCCAUUGGACUUUUCUGCUAGAUCUGCAUAUAAGUGAACUGUGCAUAUUUUGCACAGGCAAGUCUCUCUCUUCCACGGCAACUACGGCUGGCCCUCGAAGUAAACGGCAGCUUGCUAACAGGCCCCCGUGUCUUUUCACCAUGAAUCCUUUCUUGCAGCACUGUGAAUGUGCCAAGCACGAGCUAGCCUAUCCUUCCAAGGGGGGCUGCUACCGAUGCAUUGACGAUAGAUGGUGACCAGCCUGAAGGGAAAGCGACACGCUCCCUGCUUUUCCAGUGGGAGACAAGUGUUGUUGGAAUUUGAACAGGGUUCAAAGGCUGCCUCAGCCGCUGUUGGCAGAGUCCAACAGUACUUUUUGCGCCUUGGAAAGCAGGGAGAGGGAGCCCCCCUCUGAAACUUGCAUUUCGUUGUGUGCCCUUCCCCCCUCUGCUUAGGAGGACGACAAGAAGGCCACGAGAGAAUUUCCAACUUCCCCCAAGUGCUUCUGCUUGAAACAGAAACAGAGUUAGCUCGGCAGCCAUUUUGAACAUGCCACUGGUUUGCAUGACACAGUGGUACCUCGGGUUACAUACGCUUCAGGUUACAUGCGCUUCAGGUUACAGACUCCGCUAACCCAGAAAUAGUACCUCGGGUGAAGAACUUUGCUUCAGGAUGAGAAGAGAAAUCGAGCUCCGGCAGUGCGGCUGCAACGGGAGGCCCCAUUAGCUAAAGUGGUGCUUCAGGUUAAGAACAGUUUCAGGUUAAGAACAGACCUCUGGAACGAAUUAAGUACUUAACCCGAGGUACCGCUGUACCAAGAUUUUCAACCUUUCUGAGUCCACGGCUCCCUUGACCAACUAUGUUCUUUUUUUGGCACCCCUGUGGGGCUCAGGAGCCCAGUUAUGGCAGCUCCUCGCCUCUUUUCAAGCACACGCCUCAGCCACUUCUCUUCCCUCACCUUGAGAGUCCUCCAGGCAGCAGCCGCCACUGCCCAUGGUCUUUGAGCAGCCGCCCCCAAGAGAAGUGCCUUGUCACAUUGCCCCAGAGGGGCCUGGGCAGAUGAUGCCCCCAGCCUUAGCCGCCUGAUGGGGAUUGGCCAAAGGUGAAUGUGAGGCCAUCUUACUCACCUUGGGAGGCAGCAGGCCUCACUGGGCCUGCAUGGCGGGAAGGCUCCCCUUCAGCACCGGACUCUCAGCUCCUAGGCAGGCCUUGCGCACAGGAAGCACAAGAAAGGCCAGCACAGUUCCCAACCUCCCAUUUGUCUGUCCAUUCCCAGCAGCAAGGGCUGGUGGACUGGCUGUCAGGGCUCCCUCGCCCACUUGCUUGCUUACUCCAAAGCUGCCUCAGCUCCUGGCAACCAGCACCCCCCGGCCAGCCCCAGAGGCACCAUUCACCUGGGGAGCUUAUAGCAAGGGCUGCUGCAACAAACAGCUGUGCAAGCCUUUGGGAGGCAGAGAUGCAAGAGGGCAUCAGAGGAGGGAGGGGAGGAAAGAGGGACUGAGGCCAGUGUUGCCCAGGGCACUCCUGACCACCAUUCAUGGCACCCCAGGGUGCCACGGCGCACUGGUUGAAAACCACUGCUGUAAGCCAAACAAUGGUUUACUGAGACCAUGUGAAGGUAGGAGAUCCCAGAGAAGAGUCCACAGCCAGUUUGUUCUUCCUUAAGGUCCUUUUUGGGACGCGGGUGGCACUGUGGGUUAAACCACAGAGCCUAGGACUUGCCGAUCAGAAGGUUGGCGGUUCGAAUCCCCGCGACGGGGUGAGCUCCUGUUGCUCGGUCCCUGCUCCUGCCAAUUUAGCAGUUCAAAAGCACAUCAAAGCGCAAGUAGAUAAAUAGGCACCGCUCCGGCGGGAAGGUAAACGGCGUUUCUGUGCGCUGCUCUGGUUCGCCAGAAGUGGCUUAGUCAUGCUGGCCACAUGACCCGGAAGCUGUCUGCGGACAAACGCCGGCUCCCUCAGCCAAUAAAGCGAGAUGAGCACCGCAACCCCAGAGUCGGUCACGACUGGACCUAAAGGGGUCCCUUUACCUUUACUAAGGUCCUUUUUGCUGCCGUGCUGAGCUAAGGUGGCUUAGCAAAUGAGUCACUGACAUUUGAUGGCAAAUAUUUUCAGGGCGGCUUAUAAGCAGGAAAAUAGCAAAAAUUUAAAUGGCAAGUAAAAGUGGCCCACCCACCCACCCCCGCCACCUAAAUUCAGACAUCUUGAGAAACCAGGAAUGAAUGAAUUUUAUUAUUUUGGUCACAGACCAGUUCCAGCCCACAUACAAUAUCAAGGAAGUCAUAAAACACGAUAGGGAUACAUUUGAAUUUGCAGUUAGGUAUAACAGGGACAAUACAUAUAUAGCAACAGUUUAAAAAUAUAUAAAUUAAAACUUAGUCACUAACAUAUAACCUAAGGCCUUAAUCAUUACGAUUGCACAGCUUGUUCCCUAAGUUUUAUGGCAAACGCACAGAAUUUGGUUACCCUUAAUGUGAUCUCAGGAUCCUUGUUCGGAUUCAUUUGGAGAUUUUUGCAUAGCAGGGGUAAUAAAUACUGAGCGUAUAUCCUCGCAGAAAGGGCAGUGUAGCAAGGCAUGAGAGACAGAAAGAAACCAGAAAGAACUUUGUCCAGCACAAAAAUUAUAACCGAUACAUUUAUGUAUGUGUGUGUGUGUGUCUCUGAUACUUCUACCUAGCUCUUCAGUUCAAAUGAAUACUCAACAAGGCUUAGAAAAGAAACACAAAUCCAAUAUGCAAUAUUAAAACCUCAAAUAUAGUGACUGAAAGUAGCGUUUGUUAACUGCAGCACCAAAACAGAUGUUAAAUAUAUUUAUAAAUCUGUGCAAGGAGGGUUCAGCUUGUAGUCUGUUCACCCGACACAGUUAAUUUUUGAUCAGUUUUUGUUAUUUCUUGCACCUGUUGGUGUGCUUCAUGUUGCAUCUUCAGUCUCUUGGUCGGGUGUGCACUUCAGCAAUUGCAGAAUGCUUUUAAGUUUCUCUAGCCACAUCCUUCAGAAUUUAUCAGCUCUUCUGUCUAAGGACUUACCCCCAAUUUUGCUUCGGGUGAAAUUUGAGCAGCAGCUCUCAGUAUGAACCAGGCAGAGGGCCUUCUCCAUAGUGGCGCCUGCCCUGUGGAACACCCUCCCAUCAGAUGUCAAGGAAAUAAACAACUAUCUGACUUUUAGAAAUCAUCUGAAGGCAGCCCUGUUUAGGGAAGUUUUUAAUGUCUGGUGUUUUAUUGUUCUUUUAAUUCUGUUGGGAGCCGCCCAGAGUGGCUGGGGAAGACAGAUGGGUGGGUAUAAAUAGUAUUAUUAUUAUUAUCAUGAUGGUGAUGAACCAGUCAAACCUCCCCAGGGUGAAUAUUCUGCAUCUGGGGUGCUAUCACCCCAUCCUAUGCCCUUUUAAAAUGUGGGGCUUUUUCGAGUGGGGGUGUUAUGGGGUUGUUGUUUUGUUAUUCUGAUGAUGUAUUUUGUGGUUUUAUAUUUUGAUUUAUUCUGUGAACCUCCCUGAGACCUCCAGGUAUAGGGCAGUAUACAAAUUCAAUAGUAAUAAAAUUCAAAUAAUAACAAAUUCAAAUAAUAAUAACAUAAUAGUAAUACCACUGAGAAGGCUCUCUUCCUAAUUGCCACGUGCCUCACAUCAGAUGGCUUGGGGCAGCCAGAGGAGGAACUCUGAAGAUAAGCCUGAGUGUACAGGUUGAGAAAGGGCAUAUCCUUCAGAGAUCUAGGUACCAAGCCAUUUUAGGCAGGCCCCAGCACUUCGAAUUAGGCCCAGAAGUCUAACUAAAACUUGUGAAGAAAAGCGUUCUUGGGAGUCAGCACAAACUCUUCAUCAAAAGCACCGCUCUGCUCAACUGACUGCUGUGUUUUUUUUGAAGUGUGCGGGUUUGGAGUUCCAAGGAAACAAGCAGCUUUGCAAAAUAUUUUUUAUUUUAUUUUUUUAAAAGUUCCAGCACUGCGUAAGCCGGGAGAAAGCUGUACAUCAGAGAGGAAAAUAAUCGCAAGGCUCCAAAUGAGUCGUUAAAAAAAAAAAAAAAUCUCUAAAGGAUGGUGACAAUUACUGAAUUUCAUAUUGGCAUUUUUAUAUUUGACAAGGUGACAUUGUGGAUGAAAUGUAUAUUGUAAAACACUGCUGAGCUGUAAGAAAAUGAUUGAAUGUAAAUAUUUCAAGAUGUGGACUGCUGUUCAAAUGUUAUCAUAAAUCUCUGCCAUUGUUUUAGGGGAUAAUUCUUCAUGCAUAUUUGAGUUGAAUGGAUAGGUCCAGCCCCUGGUAGGGUAAUCUUCUGCUUGUUAUUGCCUUAGUGCUGCUAAUGGUUUAAUUUUCAGCCGUAGACUCUCUUUUUUCUAAAGUAUUCUCUGCUUCCUUUUAUCAUAGAUGUAGAAUUUUGGGGCAUAAUCGCCAUGCUCUCGGUUUUGUCGCAGAGUGGUGCUUUGCUGACUUUUAAAGACAUGGGCAUGUCCUGUUCUAGUGUGGGCACAGCUUCUAAGUAUGGAGGAGCUGGUAUCACUAUCAUUUUAGUUGUACCCCAUCCAUCUGACUGGGUUCGCCCAGCCACUCUUGGGCGCUUCCAACAGAUAUAAAAAUAUAAUCAGAACAUCAGACAUUAAAAACUUCCUGAUACAGGACUACCUUCAGAUGUCUUCUAAAAGUUGUAUAGCUAUUUAUCUCCUUGACAUCUGAUGGAAGGGCAUUCCACAGACAAAUUUUAUGCUGGAUGAUGGAGGGGUGAUUGGGAUGGUCAGCACUCUUAUGCUUCAGCUGUUUACUGUUAAAAUAAGCUACAGAGGUCUUGACGUUGAGGAAAGAAGGGUCAAGAAAUUAGGAUUUACCACGAGUGUGUUGCCAGGGCCAUAAUAAUAAUUUAUUAUUUAUACCCCGCCCAUCUGGCUGGGUUUCCCCAGUCACUCUGGGCGGCUUCCAACAAAACACUAAAAUACAAUAACCUAUUGGAUAGUGUUCUCGAAGCUACCAGCAUGAGUUUGACCAAACUGUGGGAGACAGUAGAAGACAGAAGUGCCUGGCAUGCUCUGGUCCAUGGGGUCACGAAGAGUCGGACAUGACUAAACAACUAAACAACAACAUUAAACAUUAAAAGCUUCCCUAAACAGGGCUGCCUUUAGAUGUCUUCUAAAAGUUUGGUAGUUAUUUUUCUCUUUGACAUCUGGUGGGAGGGCGUUCCACAGGGCGGGUGCCACUACCAAGAAGGCCCUCUGUCUGGUUCCCUGUAACUUCACUUCUUGCAGUGAGGGAACCGCCAAAAGGCCCUCGAAGAUGGAUCUGGUGUCCGGGCUGAACAACGGGUGGAGAUGCUCCCUCAGAUAUACAGGGCCUAAGCCAUUGAGGGCUUUCUCCUGCACCAUUCUCCUGCCUCAGAGCCUUUCCAGUCUGAUAUUUCCAUGGGAGGUUCCCUAGGCUGUUGCCUCCCCACAUUCCUCCUCAUCUAGCCAGUCCUUGGCAAGAAUCUGUAUUGGAAUUCUUUUGAUGACGAUAUUGUUUUAUCGCUUGUUGUACGUUGGCCAGGAAUCUAUUGGGAAGAUGGGCAGGAUAUACAUUUAAGUAAUUAUUAUUUAUGGGACUUACUAGUCCCUUCUUUAAACGAAACCCCUUUUUUAAAUGAAAUGUAAACUCAGCACAACUUACAAUAGUUAGAUAAAUAGCCCAGCAAUGCCUGGAAAGACCACAGAUUCCUCAUCUCUCUUCUCAUUCCAUUCUCCCUUCCUUCUCAGAGUCCCUCUUACUUUUCCUAACUCCAUAAACGUGUCUGUCUUCUGAGCCACCUUCGUCAGAGCUAUGAGUUGUUUGCACAUAACAAAUUGUCUGUUUAAUUACCUUUAACUUUCAAGCCACAGGUUUCUUCUAGGAGGCCUAUAGAACCAUGUUUUGUUGAUCUUGCCUCUGUCGAAAAGCUAUGCCAGGGUAAAUGGGAUUGUAGACAGUUGCUUCUUGUAUAAAUAAGUGAAACGGUAAGAAUUGGGGUGUUGGUUGACUCCCUAUUUCCUUUAACCCUCUUUAAACGCCUCGCAUUUUGGCUUCCCGCAGAUUCGGAAGGUUUACCGUCGCCGUGCUUCAGUCCAAGCUAGAACAGUGCGAGCGCGAAACCAACCGCCUGAAGAAAGCUUUGGAGAGAAGCGACGUUUACAUCGAAGACCUGGAAGCUCAGGUCACACGGCUGAAGAGGGAAGGCAGCCAACGGAAAAGCACAAGCCCGGAAAGCGAUGUCGCGGAUCCCAUGGAGGACAAAGAGAGUGGCCGAAGCGCAGCCAGCGAGAUAGCGCUGCUGGAGAGCCCAGAAGAGCCCAUAGACCCGAGCUGCUUGUGCGCUAGCCACAGCCCGGAUGACCUCGAGCAGCCGGCGGGUAGUGGGCUGUUAGAGAGCAGCAAUGACGUGUGCCUAAAUUCAGCCGGCCGGGGCUGUUCGGACGAGCCCGUUGCCCAGUGCUCGUCCGGCACGGACGUUUUCGCCGGCUCUCAGGAGGGCCUCUUGGAUAUAGGGGGCUCCGAAAUGGACACCUGCUCGGAGCAAACAUGGGAUAAAAUAGAAGACUGUGUGCCGUACAAAGAAGAGCUUUAUGAACUCCCGGAUCCCUGCACGCCUCUGUCUCUCAGUUGCCUGCAGCUGAACACUCCUGGCAACAAAGACGACCCCGCCACAAAAGAGGAGGAUCCCAGAACGACACCCACCUUUCUGAGAAAACUGGAGUUUGAGGAUUUCGGUGAGGCGUCGGAUGACGGGAACAAAGGCUCUCCGGAACAUAGCGCCAGCAGUUGCGAGGGCGGCGAGACCAAGGUGGCCUGUUUUGCUUCGGACAAGCCGGUGUUUUGGAACAGGUGCCAGCCACGCUAUGAUGAAAACUUUGAGGGCGCCGAGCCCAGCGCGGCCCCUGGCGACUCUGGCGAGCCUUCGGCGAAAUCCAGCGACAAAACGCACAACCCGAGCGUCCCGAAAAAGCUGCAUCCUGUCCGCUCUUCUGAAAUGAAUCGAACCAGGACGUCCAGCGAGGCGUCUAUGGAUGCCGCCUACCUUGAUAAAAUCUCCGAGCUGGAUUCGAUGAUGUCCGAGUCGGACAAUAGCAAGAGCCCCUAUUACACUUCCAAGUCGUCUUCUGACCUGGAUAACUCUUGCAAGUCCACGCAGUGUCCUGACCUCCUCAAUGAAAAGGAUAAGACUGUCAAGGAGAGGAAGGAGCAAAAUGCUCUGAAAUGUCCUCUUGCAGGUGAUAAUUCGGAAGAGGGGAGCGACUGGAAAUCUGCCACCUUUUCCAUCCUUUCUCCAUCUGCCUUAGAGACGACAGAGCCAUUCCCGUUAUUUGCCAGCAGGACUUCAGAAAGGAGUGAAACGAAACCUCGGAGUUUCCUAUUCCAAAGAGAGCUUUCCCCAAGCUUUCUGUUUAGCAACUCUCAAGGGUCAUUUGAAGAGCACAAACUUGGGUCCCCUCUCUAUAAGGUGGCACCCGAGCUGCAGACCCUCCAGAACCAACUCCAGUCUCCUUGGUCGUCAUGCUUCAUACCCGACAGAAAAGCCAAAAGUAUCCACGCAUCGGCGAAAAGGAAAAUCCAGAGUAGCCUGUCCAGCGCGAGUCCCUCAAAAACGACCAAGAACUGAUUCCCCUCUUGACUUUCAGUGGGUUUUUUUGUUUUGUUUUCCUAAACACAAUACUUUAGUGCCAAUGUGAAAAUGUUCGUUCCUUCACCAUCCCUUGCAAAUUCCUUUUGGGUUCUCCAGUGACCUCAGUCUGUCCUACUUUGACACUGAGCGACGGAGUGUGGAAAACCUUUGGUGCAGGGGUGAGGAUCCUGUGGCCUUCCCAGAUUCAUCCAGACUGCAAUUCCCACCAUUCCUGACAAUCUGCUGGUCUGGUGGGAGUCUGGCAACAUCUGUAGACCUGCAGGUUCUUUUCCCCUCUGCUUUGGAGUACAUUUUCUUGAAGAAUAAAUCUUCGUAACGUUUAUCUCUUGAUAGAUGUCUUCAGGUUUAGACACCUCGGGGUUUGUUUUUGCUUCUUUAGCGUUGGGUUAUAGGAGGUCUCUAUCCUGUGAGGAGCUGUUAAAUGCCCAGUUACUGAGCCUUGACAGAUCUUCAAAGCAGUUUCUCGUGGAGACAAAUCAUGUUAUGGGUUUGACACCAGUGGGGUGGCUGCGUUGCUUCUCGUUUUCUUCUGCAAAAAUGUGACAGGAGCUAUCAUCACAAAGCCCAGCUUCUCUCCGAACCUGGCUUCCACCGCAAAACAUUUGCUUACUCGCACCUGCAUGAGUCUUUGCUGAAUCUGUAGCUUUGAAUAUGUAGCUGUUAGUCUCUUUCUUUGGCAGUUUUCAUUUGGAAAAAUAAUGUUGUUUUGCUGAAGACACAGAACCCAGUCCUUUUUGCUUCUUUGCUCUCCUUUUUUUUAAAUUAAACACUGCUUUCAACUUUCCAAAAUGAGAAAGUGCCACUGUUGUACAAGACCGUGUUGUUUUGUGACUGUGUAGUUCAUAAAAAUGGGUUGAUAUGCUAAUGCCUUGUUUACCAAAUGUGCACUGAGCAUUUUACAUGAAUACUGUACUGUUUUACAUUAAUACUGCAUGCUUUUUUUCUAUGUGGAAUGAAUAAAAAAAAAUGUCACAAGCGCCGCAUUUCCUUGAUGCUGCUUCAGAUACUGAAUUAGCAUACAAAGAAUUGGAGACUUUGGUAAUUAGAAAUCCUACUCGGAAUGUUCAUUAAGUCGUUCCCUGUGAUAGCAGCGCGUACCAGUUUUGUCAAUGUGGUAUCGAAUAAUGUAGCUGGUAUCUUUUGAUUUCCAUCCUGCAUUAAUGUUUGGUUUCAAAUUCGCUUGUAUUCUACUCUUGCCUUCAAAGAGCUCCGGGUAGCAUAAUGUUCAAGGGCUAUUGCUGUUUAUUUGUGGAUGGGGUUUUUUUGCAUCCCAACUCCUGUCAACGAGGGUCAAGCAAGAGGAACUGGCCUGAACUACACAUUACGGCAUAAUCAACCCCUCGUAAUUAGUACAGCUGAGAAUGUGUGAUGCAUCACAAAAGUGUUUUUUUUCUUAUUCUGUGGUCUAUUUUACUGGCUUGCGGCACUGGGGGAAAUAGGGGGAACAACCUCCCAAGAAGAGCUGAAUCAAUCAAUUUCGCUUCCUCUUGCAUUCUCCAACCUUGAUUUCAGUUCUCCCCAUUUCUGCAACGGUUUACCACUGAUGGGAGGAAUCCUCGUGAAAAUUCAUCGGCAUCUUAGCAUGGACCUUUUCCAAAGAUGCGUUUAUACCUGCCAGGCACAUUUAUUUAUUUAUUUAUUUAUUGCAAGAAAAUUCUCCAGAUAGAAUUCAUUUUUUCCACUAUUACAUACAGAUUUGUCUUUUUUGUAAUUUGGUUGGAGAACUGCCCAAAAUUCAAACAACUGCAAAUUUUGACAGAUAAUGUUGUUUUGCUUUCCAUGCCGUUCCAGGAAGUGAACAACUUGUGGAAUAAUUUUUUCAGGGAGCUGCGCCUAGCGCCAUCAUUAUUCAAUUUUAGGUGCAGCGCAAAGAAUUUCCCUUCCCCGCCCCCAGCUUUGACCCUUAAUAGGAAGGGUAUUGUGGCCUCUUUUAGUGGGGCACGACUUGUAUUCCUUUCUUUAAGUUCAAAUGUGUUUUUAGUCUUUUAUUUGAAUUGUGUAUCUAUGUUUUUAUUGUUCUGAAUUGGUUUUCUGGCAGGUUGCUUUGAGUUACCUUGUAAGCAAAGCGACUAACCAAUGCAGUAAAGGUAAAGGUAAAGGGACCCCUGACCAUUAGGUCCAGUUGUGACUAACUCUGGGGUUGCGGCGCUCAUCUCGCUUUAUUGGCCGAGGGAGCCGGCGUACAGGUUCCGGGUCAUGUGGCCAGCAUGACUAAACUGCUUCUGGCGAACCAGAGCAGCACACGGAAAUGCUGUUUACCUUCCCGCCGGAGCAGUACCUGUUUAUCUACUUGCACUUUGUGCUUUCAAACUGCUAGGUUGGCAGGAGCAGGGACCGAGCAACAGGAGCUCCUCCCGUCGCGGGGAUUCGAACUGCCGACCUUCUGAUCGGCAAGUCCUAGGCUCUGUGGUUUAGACCACAGCGCCACCCGCGUCCUUAACCAAUGCAGUAGAUAACUAUAAUUAUUAUGCAGGUUUGCAUUUAAAAGCCGGACCAAGACGAGUUUCUCCCACAUCGCUACAGCUGACCCAUAUCCCUGUAACAUGUAAUUUGGGGCUGAGUUUUGAGGCUGAUCUAUGGGUUUCAACCCAGCUAUCAUCAAUCAAAGGGAUUGUUUGGUCCAGCCUUACUAUAGAACCUAUCAAUGGCUCUUCAGUGGGAUCAGUACUGUAGUGUUUUGCUCCCUUCCACCCCACCCUUCCAGGCUCCUUUCCUUGUGCUUAGAAGGUACAAACUUCUUCCAAGAACUCUGUCAGAGUAAGUACUGUAAGAGCUAAUUCAACAUUGGUCUUCAGCUUUAAGUGCACAGAUCACGGAAACGGAAAAGGAUGAACAGCAUAUGGAAGAAUAGUCCUCAUCAAUGAAAAGCCAGGCAGGAAUAAUGUAUGUACAAUCCAACUGCCCACCAGGAAUGUAUUACUUGUCAGCAAGCCGUUUGCCUGAUGAGCAAAACAAAAAAUAAUCCAGUGUUCUUGAACCUUGUGUUCCCAGAUGUUGUUGGACUACAACUCCCAUCAUCCCUUGUCAACU